GAUUAAGAUACUAUGAAAUAAAAACAUAAAAAGAAAUUCAUCAUCAAUAUUUGAGCAUGAUAAAUUAAUAUUCAUAGCAUAAUUAUAUAAAGUGUAUGACACAAUGUAUUCUUAUUUCAAAAUAUACUGUUUAUUAACAAAGAUUACAUUACGUUUCAUGAUACGUUUUUCAUUAAUGGAUUAUUAAAUAUCUUUCUGUAAAAUUAUGCAUUUAGUUUAUAAUCGUUAAAUAUUUAUAGUAUAAUUUAGUAGACAAAAUUCGAACAUAUAAUUUAUUUUUUUAAUACAUUUGAUUGUAAUAGAUAGAAAUUAAUUUUAGAUAAUCCUAGAAAUAAAUCGAUUAUUCAUACAUAAGAAAAUCACAAUAUUAUAAACGUAAACAAAGUCAACCUUCGAUUGUUUAUAUCGUUGUGUUUAGUAUCAGCUUACUGUUCAUUGUCUCGUAGUAAGUUCUCGAGUAAGCAUCGCAUUAGCUACGUUAGUUACGAAAGAGCAUUAAUUAAUCUGACUUUAUUAAAAAUCGGAUAUUUUUGGUUGAAAAUAAAUCAAUAAAUGAAAGAUAAUCUAUUGAUUAUUAUUCAUAUCAAAUUUUAUCGAGCAAUCGGUAUUGCUUACGAUGUAAAUUUUUUCAUAUUAUUGUAGUACGACGUAAGCGCUACUAAGGUAAUGGUUAUGUUAUUUUUUAUCUCAUUUUAAUAUCCUUAAUAAUUUUACAAUUUCGAAUAUGCGUUUAAUAUUUAAUUUCGAUAUAUUAUUGAUACAAUUUUUUAUAGGUUAACUUUGAUUAGCUUUAUAUAGUUCGUCGAUGAUAUAGGAAGCGACAUUAUCCAGCUGAGUAAAAUUUCGUCGAUAAUUAAUCCAAACAAUAAAAAAAAUGUCUAUGUAAUAUUGUUUAGAUAUUUUAUAAUAGUUAUUCUACUAUAGUUAUUAAUUAAAAAAACAAUUAGAAUAUAUAUUACGUAUUCGAAAUAUUUUUAUAUAUCUUUUACCGACAGUAAGAAUAUCAAAGUAAAACGAAAAAAAAAUUCGAUACAAAAACUGUGCAUAGAUGGCACCUCUUGUAUUCGUUCACCUAUUGGAAUAUUUUAAUUUCUGUAUUGCGUAGUACAAGAAUUAGGGACUAGAUGUACCUUUGAAGAUACGUAGUUAAUCUUUUGUUUCGAACGAUGUAUACAUACGCUCUCGAAGAAUGGACGCUUGGAUACUAAAAGCGAAUAUUUAUAUUUAUAUAUGUAUAUUCAUGCGGAGUACGUAUAAAAUUACAUAUUAUUUCACACUCAAUACGGGAUAUAUUGAAAAGUUGAUCAUUAUUAAAUUAUAUCAUGUUUUGUAAUUUAUCAAAAGAAACUUUAAUACUUUAACCUCUUAUAACAUUCGAACGUUUUUAUAAUUUUAUCACUGCAACUAAAAAUAUAUGGCGUGUAAGAAAAUAUUUCUAAGAGAAGUUUCAAAUAAAUUACGUUAUUUUGUUAAUCAAUCGAGCAUCAAUCGAAGUUUUUCGUUCAUGGAAAAGAAACGUGCUGGAACGUAAGGACUAAGAAAAAUCGAUUAAUACCGAUCGAAAAGGUAGACAACAAACAAUUUAACAAGAAAAUUAGACGCAUAUUUUUGUAUGUCGAGUUUAGUGAAGUUUCCGAUGAUUGAUGAAGUAUCUGUUAAGAAUGUCUCAAUCGAUGAUCAGGUUCUACUGUGCUUCAUUAUAAACAGCUACAGUGAGUCGACUCAACUCGGCUUUAUCUCGAAUCUAGAGGGUUAGCCUUGUUAGCAAGCUGAACUAUGGACUAUUACAUUUAUCGAAGUCGAUCCACCGAAAUCGAAAAAUGACGUACGGGCAGGCAGUGAUGGAUACUUUCGAAGGAAGGACCUCACACUGUCGAAGAUCGAGCCGAAAUCUUGUCUGGUACCGAUCGCGAAGAGAUAAAAGAGGUAUUUAUGUGAAAAAUAAAAGAAAAAUGGCGGAUCGUCGAAGAAUCGGUCAUACGAUCGCGCGAGCUCGAGAGUCCAGAAUAAGCCCAAUGACCUUAGUCAGAGAGGUCUCUGACCGAUGGCAAAAGACGGCGACGAUGAUCGACGGUUUCACGAUCGCUCGCCCACCUCGAGCUUCCGUCUUCUUCCCAAGUUGCCGCGGCAACCCAUCAUCGUCGUUCACGAUCGGUAUUCCUCCAUGGAAAAAAAUUUGAGUGCGAACACGGCCGAUCAAUUUGCCCUAAAGAGCCGUUAAUUUUCGGUCGAUGCACUUCUACUCUUGGUUACUCGUUUGAAAAUCAUAUUGACGAUCUGUGAGAGAGUGAGUAUGAGAAAGAAGGAGAUAAAAAGAAAAAUGAGAAAAAAAUCAGAGAGAGA